AUGGCUGUGGAAGUGUCCAGGCUAGACAGACAAGAAGCAGAACAUCCAUCAGCCCGACACAUGUAUUGCCCGUGGAAGAAGCAGAAGGUCCUGCCAGAGCAGCCUAAAGGGAAGCUACCAAAGAAACCAAGGUCUGGGAUGAGGCCCAGGUUUACAGAGUUAACCAGCUUCCAGAUGCUGCUGAUCCAUGGACCACAUCUUGAAUACCAAACCAAGGCCUUCUACCAUUAUCUCCCUCGGGAGCUCAAACUGAGGGUCCGGGACGGAGGGACUCUCACCGCAGCUGCGCGGAGCGCCUGGUACCCCGCCCCGGACCCGGUCUCGGGCGGAGGCGCUCUCUGCACCGGGGCCGUCCGCCGCAGCCGGGGACGGACAAAGCACCGGGGUCUGCGGCGACCCCGGGCGGCGGCGGCGGGCCAAGUUGGCCAGAGUCGGGGGGACGAAGGGGUUCCGCGGGCAGGAAAGCGCGGCACUGACCUGGAUGGUGCAGGUGUACUCGCUGUCGUCCAGCAGCCGCACGGUGCAGCUGUACUCGCGCUCCAGGCUCCUGCUGCUGCCGCUCAUCAACCUGCUCAGCAUCUUCCCGCCCGCCCGCCCGCCCCCGGGAGAGACGCGGCGGCGCUGCGGACCCCGGACCAGGCGCCCCUCAGCCGGGCAGCUCCUCGCGGGCCCCGGGCACCUGCACCAUCACCCCAGCCGGGUCGCGGCCGCUGCCUCCUGCUGUCCCAGCUCCUCCUUCUUCUCCUCCUCCUUCUUCGCCACCGCCUCCCCCCAGCCCCGAGCAAGCGCCCCGCACUCUCUCCUCCGCGCCCCACUCCCCAUGCCCAGUUCGUGGGGCGGGGCCUCGGCCGGAGAGGGGCCAAUGGGGGUCAGCGCGGCGGAACCGAGUGGCAGAGAGAAGAGCCAAUCGAGAUAGGGCCAGGUGUGGGCACCCGGCUGGAUAAAUGUCUGCUGCGUGGAAUACGUUUAGACUCUGCUUCAGGGGCCAAGUCCCACACUCUGCAACGCCGCGAGUCCCGCCCUCUCGGGAGCCGGGGCGGUGCAAGAAAACAAUCCCCGCACCUGCAGAAUGCAGGCACCUUCCGCUCCGGACCGGGAGGCUGCCCCCACCUGAGCUGUACCCCAGAAGACAAAAGAGACUGAGGUGUGCUCCUUCAGCCGGUAGGGUGCAGAGGAAGUGGUGGGUCCUUUCCUUGCACCUUCAGAACUAGAAUUACCGUAUUUUCUUACUGCCUCAACAAAACACCAGAGUAUGUCAGGAGAUGUCACAUACCCUGAUGUUCUGGGAUACUGAUCUCUCUCCAGCCAAUGAAACUUUCACCAUUGCCUUGGGAUCCAGCAGGAAGAAGCACUGCCUCCUCUUCACCAGGACAUCACAAACCCUGGUUCUUCCCAUCAUAGUCUCCUUAUAGCACAGCUAAGACCAGGGUUAUAUAACAAUAUUAAAAAGGAAGAGCAAUACAGAGUAAACUGCAGGUAUGACAUGGCUACUCUCAAAGCCCUUAUGGACUACAGGCCUGCCUUAUUGUUGAGCUUGCAGCCAGGGUCUAUGUGGCUAAUGACAGCCCCCCUCUCCAUCAAGAGUUCCCCUGACCCUGUCUUGAGCAUUCAGGCUCAACCACUCAGAGAAGAAAACAACUCUCCUCACCCAGUUUAAGGUGCAUUUUCAAAGUCCCACCCUCUGUCCCAGUUGCUGCCUUUCCAUAGGAUGACUGACCAUGGGAAUACCUACUCCUUUAGAGGAAACCCCACCUUCCAUCCUGAGGAGUGUGACCUUAACCUUUGACCCAACUGGACUAUCACCUUCAUAACAUGAGUCCAAACCCAGCACAUUUCUCACAAAGACUGAGUUAAUCUUUAUAAAUAGGUCUAGGUAGAGCCUCACCAAAGCCAGUCCAGUCCCUUUGCCUAAUUAUUUCUCCAGUAAGCAGUAAGGAUUAUGCCUGUCCUUGUUUGCCUGUAUCUUUUAGAGCUCAGCUUUUGUUCUUCUAAGAGCAAGGGCUGAAACAAGGACAUUCGCAUCUCCACAGAAACAACACAUAUGUGGUCUACAUCCACAGAGAGAAAAGGAACAGUUUUUCUCUUCUGCAUCAAUGUCUGCGGAAGCAAUGCUCCUGCUCCACACACAAAGAUUUGCAUAUCCAAAUGGAGCACUCUGCUUCACAAACUAAAGCAUCUACACUCAAGUUAUAGUUUUCCAAGAGUAAUAAAUGUAUACUUGCUUUAACAUGAAUAGUUAAACAAUCCAUGUAGUUUUUCCAGAGCAGUCUGCCUCUGAAGAAAUGUUCAAGUCUUCUCUUUCAUCAGGACAGAAAUCACCAAUGGUUUAAGAAAGCUUUUCUACCUUCUACUAACUCUUAGGAUUUUCAGUUAGCCCCCAUUACAUUUAGAAGAAUUUUUAAUGUGUAUUUCUAUGUGGAAAUAUAAGUGCAUGUAUUGUU